GCCCGCGACGGAGGCGCGUAUCAGGGCGCAGGCGCAGGGAGGGGGUUGGGGAGGAGGGAAGCGGCGAGUAAGAUGGAAGAUGAGGAGGUCGCUGAGAGCUGGGAGGAGGCGGCAGACAGCGGGGAAAUAGACAGACGGUUGGAAAAAAAACUGAAGAUCACACAAAAGGAGAGGAAAUCCAAAUCUCCUCCCAAAGUGCCCAUUGUGAUUCAGGACGAUAGCCUUCCCACGGGGCCCCCCCCACAGAUCCGCAUCCUCAAGAGGCCCACCAGCAACGGUGUGGUCAGCAGCCCCAACUCCACCAGCAGGCCAGCCCUUCCGGUCAAGUCCCUAGCACAGCGGGAAGCAGAGUACGCCGAGGCCCGGAAGCGGAUCCUGGGCAGUGCCAGCCCUGAGGAGGAGCAAGAGAAACCCAUCCUCGACAGGCCAACCAGGAUCUCCCAACCCGAAGACAGCAGGCAGCCCAAUAAUGUGAUCCGACAGCCUUUGGGUCCUGAUGGGUCACAAGGCUUCAAACAGCGCAGAUAAAUGCGGGCGAGAAAGGAUGCUGCCGCUGCUGCCGUUACCGCCUCCUGGGUCGUCCGCCACGGGUCGCACUGCCGUGGCAGACAGCUGGACUUGAGCAGAGGGAACGACCUGAUUUACUUGCACUGUGAUCCCCUUUGCUCUGCCCACUGUGACCUUGAACCCCAUGCACUGUGACCUUCCCCCUUCCCCCCCCUCCCACUGUGAUUGGCACAUCUACAAGGGCUGUCCCAAGUCAAUGGAAAGGGAAAGGGUGGGGGGCGGUUAGGGAAGGGUUGGGGGGACCCACCAAGGACUCAGAGUAGAGAGUCAGACAGUGCCACUUGGCCACUUGGGGUAAAGCCAGUGCCAGCAAUAACAGUUUAUCAUGCUCAUUAAUUUGGGAUUUCAAAACAAACGAGAACUCCUGUCUACCCACGCCCAAGUGCAUGUCUUCAUCACUUAAAAGCAAGUUCCAUUUGAAAAUA